AUGUUGUUGCCAAAGUCGAUCGUUCCGGGUCUCAUCCCGCUCAACAUGCGCCAGUGUCGGCAUCUAUGGGAAUCCUGGCGCUUCAUGAUCAUGUUGCUGAUGGCGUGCAUCGUCCUCGCCAACAUCAUCGUCAGUCUGGAUCCUAAUGCAGACGAGGACUUGCUCUAUCGUGAACGGAGCCACGGCAAGACCCAGAUCCACCUCGUUAUUCAGUGGGACUGGGAUGUCUCCGAUGUCGAGCUCGGCGAGCGCCUCCGAACACUCUCCCACAAUGUCGCAAGCACCCCGAUCGACCGAAUCCACAUCCUCGAGCCCCAUGCCGGAUCAACGCCUUCGUGUCCCUGGACAAUGAACGGACUCUACAGGGCCUUCCGCAAGCGGCACCCCUGGUGGAAUCGCUCGCUCUUCAAGCAAAAAGUCCAUCCCGUGCCCCACUCCAAGGUCGAGACCCUCGGCGGCAACGUCCAGCACCGCCAUCACCGCGGCAUGACGGUCUCGACGGCCUUUGCUUACGGUUCUAGCGAUCUCAAAGGCGGCAUCGUCAUCAUCGCCAGCCCGCAGGUCGUCUUUGAUCCUUCCAUCGAGCUCGUGCGGUCGGCCGAGUCGGACCUGAGCUCGAUCACGGCCUAUGCGCUGUCCUCACACCAUUCCCACGAUCCAUCGCGCUCGCAGUGCCGCUAUCCGUUCGGGGGCGACUACGAUGCCCUCGUCUUUGUCGGUCCCCUGCCCCGGCCCUUGAUCCGCCAGAGCAACUUUGACCUGAGCUCGCCCGGGGUGAUGAACAGGCUCAUCUGGGAGUUUGAGCAGUACGGCAUCCACUCGCGGAAUCCCUGCCACAACAUCCGCAUCUGGAGGAACUCGUCCAGCCCGCUCGUUCACGUCAAUGACAUCCAGAGCAUCAGAGUCAACGACAACGGCAAGAGCUCCAACGCUGCUCCAGACUUGUUCUCGAGGGAGAUCAUGUCCAUCAGGAUGUAA